GAGCCUGCCAUGUUUCUCAUAUCGAACACCCUCAUCCAGCUUUGUGUGGACUGUCAGAGCGGCUGUUACAACUUUUGAACAUAGCCUAUCAGCUUUGGAGAGGGGGCAUGAAAGACUCCUGGCUCUCUGCCUUCCUCAACCAGGGGAGGUAACACCUAUAUUUACAAAGCAUGCCAGCAUUUAAACUUCAAAUGGUGACUGAAAGAAGCUGUAAAGCAGGUGAAGUCUAUGCAAGAGAACGACUUGUGAACUAUUUAAUGACAAGCAAGGAAGAUUGUCUUGGGAAAAGUGAGCUGACAGAUAUGACACAAUAUCCAGGCUGCCUUCUGUUGGGACACUUCCACCGUGGGAAUCCAAGGCAUUAAAACCAUCUCACUGCACUGAUAGGUUAUGGCAGCAGCACGGCCACAGCAGAAACAACACAUGCCAAAUUUCUUUUUCUGAUCAAAUGACUGAUGAGAAAGUAGGCUGCUGUUUUCUUUCUUUUUUUGACUCAGUCAUUGACAGAAGGAGCUUGGUGAAAGGUGUCAUCUUGUUAAUCAUCUCCCUCUUCAUCGUUUCCUGAAGAUCGCAAAACUUUUAGCUGGAGAGCGUACACCUGACGUUUCAGCCCGCGUGUGUUGAUGGUUUUGUAUUUUUGUGGCAGACACAAAAGCUUGUAAACUUUUUUAAAGUCAUCUUUAGCAAGCCAUUAUGAAAUGGGAGAAGUUAAAGCCUCCUGAGCCAGAUGAUCCCAUGUGUUGCUGUGAGUGUGACUACGACCAGUGCGGAUGUUGCUGUGACUGUGAAGAUCUGGAUGAAGCCUUUAACAGGUGGCUGAAGGACAGACCACCUAAAGGUGGAUCUCAGUCUCCUGUACUUGGGGCCAUGAUUGACAAACUGGAGAUCUCCAUGAUCCCGGCCCUGGUGCUGCUACCUGUCCUGCUCCGGGUUGCAGCGCUUCACUACCUGCUGGGUAUCAUCAUCCUGACAGCUCUGCCCAUCCUGGUGCUGUGGUACUACUACGCCACGCACAGAAAGAAGAGACGCACCCUUUUCUUCCUCACUCUUGCACUCUUUUCCCUGUUCCACAUGUAUUAUCUCUUCAUCACAGAGAUUUUACCUCGUGGGGACGUCAGCCAGCUGCAGGUGUGUGCUGUGACCACUGGGGUGAUUCUUACUGUCAUCUCUCUCAUUCACACCAAGAGAGGCGCAGGAUUGGUGACCACUUCACUGUAUAAAGCACAUAGUCACAGUCUGGAGGCUAACAAGGGCUCCGCACACCUUAAAGGAUCUAUCCAAUCAGCAGCCUCCUCAGGGAUCGCAGCAGAGUGUCAGACAACAAAAGUGGCCUUGGCUGCAAAAUGGAGCAGCUGUCCUGUGUGCAAAAUAAUGCGACCCCCCCGAGCCGGACACUGCCGAACCUGUGGAUCCUGUGUCCAACGUCUGGACCACCACUGUAUCUGGACAAACAGCUGUGUUGGACAGGCAAACCACCGCAGUUUCCUACUGACCCUGUCUGUGUUCGUGUUGACCUCUCUGUAUGGAAUCAGUUUGGUGCUCAGCAGCCUCUGUCCUCAACAGUAUCUCAUGACGGCUCUCCUCUACUGCCCCGGCGUCUACAGUCAGUCCAGCAUGGCACUUUGCUUCACCUGUGCUUGGUACAGCAGCAUUGUCACCGGUGGACUCAUCCACCUGUUGGUGGUACAAGUUCUGAAUAUCAGCUUCAAUGUGACGGAGCGCGAGGCUCAGCUGGCUCUCAGGAACAAAACGGGCCAGAGGCGCCUGUGGGGACUCGUCAUCGUGACAGGAGAGUAUUCACGUGGCUUCUGUCACAACUGGGUUGAGUUCCUCACCAUGGCAGAUGUCACGGUUUCUCCUCGCUCCAGCCUCACUGACUUGGUCUAGUUUCACUUUGUACUCUCUAGUAGCAGUUCUAGUAGUAUCAACAUGAUAUUGCAUUGUUAAAACAGCCUUUGUGAAGAACUGCAUUGCCUUUAGGAUAUAUCAGCUGAUGUCUUUCGAUGCUUAUUGCAUUCCAGCCUCUUCAUACAUUACGAUAAAAACUAUUGAUAUUUCUCUGCAAUCAAGGUUGUAGAAUACCAAGGUGCCAAUAUGAAAAAUUGUUUUGGGGUCGGAAGUUGUAUCGCAAUUUCUUCUAGGAAAUGACAUACAGUCAUAAGGCUGACUAAAAAUGAAAUAUCUAAAUAUUGUUGACUCAAUGUCAAUUAAGAAAUAUAAUGAAAAAAAUCUAGUAAGAAAUGAAGGACACUGGGGUUUAAGUAAAAGAAGAACAACAGCCAUGAUUCAGUUCUGAUCUGUAUUUUCAGUAUCUGCCUUUGGAUGCCUCCCUGUGGAGGUCUUAGAGUCAAAUUGGAAGAAAUCCCUUUGAUACGCUGGGGGCUUUAUAUACCCCAUCAUGGCACUUGUGUUCAGUCAGCAUUUGUUAGAACAAAACAGGCGUGAAAAACUGGCAGAGAUUCAAUUGAGCACUGCAUCUGACCCUGUGAGGGAUUGGGUGGGUGUACAGUCAGAAGUUCCUGGAGCAGCUUCAGCCAUCUUUAGUGUUAUGACUGAUGCAAUCUGUAUUAACUCAAUAUUCUUCUCUGCAGUGCUCUUUUUUAUCAGUUUUUUUAAUGUAAUGGUUUUGUCCAUUGCUUUCUGAUAGUGCCACUACUCCGAAAUACACAUUUUAAGACGUGCUGGGAUAGUUUCUGUAAAUAGUCAAUGACUAUUACAUAAUGUAAUGAUGUUUUUAUAUUAAGCUGAAAGCUACAGUCCUGUCCACCAUGGCAAUGUAUAAGACUGAAUGUGUAUAAGUAAAUCUUUUCACUCUUAUAUAGCAUAAUAA